AUGUCAAAAUUGAGACUGCGGCCGCUCGUUGACGCUGGGCUGGACUGCUUCGACAUGGCAGAUCACUACGGCGAUGCCGAGCUGGUGAUGGGCAAGUUCCGGGCGACAUCCGCCAGGAGAAUGACGGCCUUGACGAAAUGGUGCCCACCAGAGAACGGCGACAAGUUGUUGGAGCAGGCCAAGAAGCAGUUGAUCGUGCACUCGAGCGCAUGA